GUGCCGCCGUCAACCAGGUGUAGGUGAGUGAUACAGCCAGGAAAGGGUUCAAUGUCUUCUCUGAGACUAGAUGUCCAUGCUGACGACUUGUCCAGCAAUCGGUCGAAUGUGCGAGAAAUGCGAUGGCAAAUGCCCCGUGUGCGAUUCGUACGUUCGUCCAAUGACACUGGUCCAUAUAUGCGAUGAGUGCUCUUUCGGAACCGCCGCUGGGAAAUGUAUCAUCUGUUCAUCACCUGCUAUAUCCGACGCCUACUACUGUACGGAAUGUACACGGCUCGAGAAGGACAGGGAUGGAUGUGUGAGAAUUAUCAAUAUGGGAGCGAGUCGAGUCGAUGCGUUUUACGAACGGAAAAAGCUGGGCAUACAGCAAGGAGGGCAGUUCAAGAGAGGAUAGCGAUCACCUUGGUCCUGCGCUUAUUGAGCUCGCGGGAUGGAUUGCGGCGUAUCUGGCAUGUAUUCUCGUUUCUGAAACUCUCGACAAACGUCCGCGCAAAAAUGCAUUGCAUUAUGAUCAUGUAAAGACAUGUCAUCCAAACCAACGCCGUAGGCCAAGCAACGGCCAAGACCUCG